AGACAAAAUGGCGUAUGCGGUUGUUUUGCUGCUCUGAUACUGAGCAAAAAAAUACAGUUUAUUUUCCGUGUAAAGUGCUAGUUUUAGUUGCAUAGUUGUUUUGUAAGUGUAAGUUAGACGUCGCGGUGAGCAUACGAGAUGAAAGGAAAAGAGCGUUCGCCGCUGAAAAAGCGUUCUAGAGCUGUGGACGAUGUGAGAGACCGAGGAAACCACCCGAGCAGCAAGAAAAUGGGGGUUGUGGCGAUUUCAGGCGGAAGCAACAAUGGCACCAGUUCGUCCAAAAGCGAUGGCUCGGCUAGAAGGAGUUUAUUAGGAGACAAACGGGACGGCCGGGACUUUGACGGACACGCUUCCAAUCGCACGAACAGUCACAAUUAUACUAGCCCUGUAGCUAGUGCUAGCGGCAAGAACCACAACUCGAGUCUGUCUCUGGAAGCGGCCAGGGGCAACUCACGCUCGGAGCAGCGCAACCAGCAGCUCAGCGCGCCCGAGAGUGAGUACAAAACCCUGAAAAUCAGCGAACUGGGUUCCCAGCUCAGCGAUGAGGAGAUCGAGGACGGUUUGUUCCACGAGUUCAAGAAAUUCGGCGACGUGAGUGUGAAAAUUAGUCGCGUCAAUGACGAACGGAUUGCUUUCGUGAACUUUAGGAGGCCUGACGAUGCCAGGGCUGCGAAACACGCCCGAGGUCGCCUGGUACUCUAUGAUCGCCCUUUAAAAAUCGAGGCGGUGUAUAUGAACAGGAGGAGAAGUCGAUCCCCUAUAGACAAGGACCAUUUUCCUGCUGUGGCUGGCCAUAGACAUUUGCACACCCAGAGGCCGCUGUCCCCUACCGGACUGGGUUAUAGAGACUACAGGCUCCAGCAGCUAGCUCUUGGUCGACUUCCUCCACCCCCACCACCUCCAUUACCCAGAGAACUGGAAAGAGAACGGGAGUUUGCCUUUUAUGAAGCCCGUGCAAGGCCUGCUUAUGAACUGCAACGAGCUGCUUUUCGAGAGGAGGAUUUUAUUUCCCCAGAGGAUGACCAAAGAGCAAACAGAACAUUGUUUUUGGGUAACUUGGACAUUACAGUAACAGAAAAUGACCUGAGGAGGGCAUUUGACCGCUUUGGGGCUAUCACCGAAGUGGAUAUUAAAAGACCCACGCGGGGCCAAAACAGUACAUAUGGCUUUCUUAAGUUCGAGAACUUGGAUAUGGCUCACAGAGCAAAGAUCAGCAUGUCUGGAAAAGUGGUUGGCCGAAAUGCUAUUAAAAUCGGUUACGGGAAAGCCACCCCAACAACACGACUGUGGGUGGGAGGUCUUGGACCUUGGGUUCCCAUGGCUGCAUUAGCAAGAGAAUUCGACCGCUUUGGCACUAUUAGGACUAUAGACUACAGAAAAGGCGACACCUGGGCUUAUAUUCAGUACGAGAGCUUGGACGCAGCUCAGGCAGCUUGCACGCACAUGCGUGGGUUUCCUCUUGGAGGACCGGACAGACGACUCAGAGUGGAUUUUGCAGACACUGAGCACCGUUACCAACAGCAGUUCCUGCAGCCGCUUCCCAUGCCACAUUACGAAGUUGUGGCCGAGCCCUUUGUUCAUCGUGCCACCCCUGAAACAAUUCGUGUCAGAGAAAGGACUCCUCCGCCACUCCAUUUUAGAGAAAGGGAGCUCUAUGCUAGUGCGGACUGGCCGGCCCCUGCUUUACGUGAACGUGUAAGGACCCCUGCGUUCGAACCUUUGGAGCACUUGGAACGCGAUCGGCGACCCAGAGAGCCCUGGUCCCUAGAGCGGGAGUUGCCAAGCAGAGAUGCAGCACGUAAACGGCGACUUAUGGAGGAUGGCCGCCAUCUAGAAUGCUCACCCGACAGCAGCAGUGAAUGGGCAGCCCGACGCCGGAGAGCCCUGUCCACUGAGGGCAGUCCUGGAGGCAGCAGCCGUGAAGGCCGCUACAGUGACUCAGAGCGACCUACAAGAGCAGAUCGACCUUCACCAGCUAGAGAGCGGCGCAGCAGUCUGGACAGGGCUCCUGGAGAUAAACGCCUAAAGAGCAACAGCAGUCUGUCCGAGUCCAGCAUAGGCACCAGCCCAUCAGAGAGAAAACGCAAAGCGGCAGAAGCAGGCAAAGGGCCCACAAAGAGAGAGCGACCUGAAGGGAGCUCCAAAAACAGCCAUUCGUCCAAACAAGAUGCUGGUGGAAAGUUAAGCAUGGCCUGGAAUGGAAUGCUACUUCUGAAAAACAGCAACUUCCCUGCAAUCAUGCACAUCCUAGAUGGAGACCUCGGCGUGGCCAGCAGCCUCCUGAUUGAUGGCAGCACUGGGGGAAAGGUGACGCAGCUCCGCAUCACACAGCGGCUUCGGCUCGACCAGCCCAAGAUGGACGAGGUGUCACGGCGCAUCAAAGUCGCAGGCCCAGGCGGGUACGCCAUUCUCCUCGCAGUUCCUGGCAGCUCGGACGACGCUUCAUCAUCGGAUCCUGCAGCUUCGACUCAGCGUCCUCUCCGCAACCUGGUGUCAUACCUGAAGCAAAAGCAGGCAGCCGGGGUUAUCAGCUUACCUGUCGGCGGCACUCGCGAUAAAGACAACGCGGGGGUGCUGCAUGCGUUUCCACCCUGCGAGUUCUCUCAGCAGUUCUUAGAUUCCUCUGCGAAAGCUCUUGCCAAAACAGAAGAGGACUUCCUGGUUAUGAUCAUUGUUCGUGGAGCAUCCUAAAAAUCAGAAAUCCCCCACACAAAAAAAAGCAUUUUUUAAAAAGAAAUGUCUCAUUUGCAUGCUCUGUUAAACCUGGUGCAGCAGUUCUAGUUUAAUUGGUUAUAAAUAGAGAAUGUCAUCUGUUCUGCCAAAUACAAUGCAUGAAUAAUACAUUACAUAUAGCAGAAUUGGUAUUCAUAUUACAAAAAUUUACUUACCAUUGCAAACUGUGUGUUCAAACCAAAUUAUCAUUGUACAACUGUAUAAAACUGUGGAAGACAGAUAAUACAGUAAAAAAAACUAAAUAUUCACAUGAUACAUUGUACUGUUUGGGAUCCUAAUUAUUUUGCUUAGCCAUUUGAUUUAAGCAGUUGCCCAUAUAUAGAUAUGUAUAACACAGAUUAUGUUGAUUUGUGUAGGAUAUAUUUUUUUAUUUAAAGAAAGUUAAGUCAUUGUGGUUUAAGGCUUGAAACAAUCAGUUAUCAGAAAUAACAUAGACGUGUAAACUAGGUGUGGUGUUCAGUAGUUCACCUAAUACAAUCCAGAACUAAUUUAGAACUGCAUGUUGACUAUUGUCCUGUUUUGAAACUGGAGGAAUUAUAAAUUAACGUUGUAUAAACAGCUGUAGUAUUGUGUUGAUCUGUGUGCUACUGGGCAAGCAGUUAAUGUGGCCUCAAAAUUCCUUUAAUAUUUAAUUAUACACAAAAUCAACAUUAAUCUGAUUAUUUUGGUCUUUUAUGUCUAACAGAAGCCAUUUGAUCAUUACACAACGUAUAAUUAGAGGUCCUUUGACAUUUUGUUUGACAAGGUCGAGCCAAGUGUGGUUACAUGGAGACAUUUUCCAGGUUGCUUUUUUCUUUUCUACCUGAUAAUUUGUGUUAAAGAAGCCACUAGUUUCUACUGAUUUCAGUGAUUUUAUUAUGGUUCUAUUUUUUAAGUAAUCUUACCCCAGAGGACAAAAUAUAAAAAUAAAAAACAGUAUGUUUUUUUUUUUUUUUUUUUUCAGUAUGAUGGCAGUAUGUCAUGCAUGUGGCUUUUUCAGUUGUCAGAAUUUUGUUACAUGCCACAUUAAACGAAUUGUUCAGUUGUCGAGCAGGUACAAAAAUACGAGUAAAACAGUUAAUUCUGAUUUGAUAAAUGUAGAAAUGCAUUCAUGAUCAUAUAAUUGUUCUGUGUCAACUUUAUUGACCUAUGGUUUAUGUUAAGUAGGGUUGCACAAUCAGUCAAUUAUUAAUUAUAUUUUAUUAUUGUUAUUAUUGUUUUCAAAUUCCCAGUCAAUUUUGAUAUUGGUGCUCCGGGUAUUGGUCAAUAGAAAUACUGAUCUGAUACAGAAAUUCUCAUAACUGAUGCUAAACAUAAAAAUAAUAAGAGUAAAAUACUGUAGAAUGUUAUGUCUGUAAUGAAAAUGUAUAAUUAUAGUCUACAUAUUAAGUUUACAGAAAAUGAAUACUAGGAGUUUUUUGGUUUGGAAAAUAUGUUAAAGCUAAUCUGAUACCAAUCAAUAGGUUUGAGCCUGUAUUAUCCGAGGUACCGAUACUUGGUAACAGAUUCAUAUUCAUUACCUUUUAAAACAGAGAUGGACAAAUCACUAGCCUGGCUGCCCAGGGCAAGCAGAUUUCCUCUCCAACCUGGCAUAUUCUAUUAGUCCAGUAAGCAAGUGACUCAGGGUGGCAGAGUAGCACAGCUGACUUGGUGGUACAUUGGCACUGGGAAUCUGUGUGGGUUGUAUUGUUGCCUUCAGUAACUGUAACUUUGCCCCAGGUGAGGGAGAAGUCACUUGCCCAUCAUAUCUCUUAAUAACCGUUUUAAAAUAAUAUUAAUUUACGUAAUUGGCUGACUAGCAUUUAAAUAAAAUUAUGCUGAUUAAAAAAAAAAAAGUCUUGUUUAUUUUUCUGACCAACCAAAAGCUAAAAACUGAGCAAGCAGAUUAGAGAAUCGCUUUGCCUAAUGGGUGGACUAGUAAAAUUUGAUUUGUCCAUUUCUACAGCGCAUUUAGAGGUGUAUUAAAUAAACAGCUGUGGUUCUUUGCAAUAACUAAGUUGUCAGGGACUGCAUUGAUGACAUUUAAGACCAUGUGGUAACUGUAUACAAAUUCUCUACAGUAAUAGUUUAUUCUUACAUGUGCAGCCCUGCAAUUAAACAUGUUUCAUGUUAAAUGAUGAGUUAUGUUGAGGUUUUCUCAGUGAUCAUCAGUGUGUUCAUACAGUUUCAGAAUGCUAGCUGAUUGCAUAAAUUUAAGCCCCUAGAUCAGAAUGUGUUUGGCUUUCUAUAAUGUUACGUUUUUGCAUUGUCUGAGUUCUGUAUUACCGAAUGUCUUCUGUGUUAUUACUUUAUCAGUUUUAUCAUCAAUCUAGAUUGCAUUUUAAGGCUGACUGGUUUGUAAAUGAAACAAAAAACUGUUCUCUAUGUAUGGAUAAUUGGAGAUGCUGUACUUUCAGUAUCAAUGUCGCAGGAUGAAAUAAGGACCUUUGCAGCAGAGGACUUCCCACAGAGCCCUUUGGAUGCAAAAGAGCAAGAGCUUUCCGUUUAGUGAUUGUGUAUUCUCGCUGAGAGCAGCUUCACAUUUGUGUAAUUGUUUUUGUGCUUACACUUCCCAUAUUUAAACGGAAAUAUGACCACCUUGCUUUGUGAUGUGUUUACCUGAUUUCUUAAAGGAGAGGAAAAAAAAGGAAUCGGUCAUACACUCCUUGCAAAGCUCAAAAGUGGCUGUCUACAUAUACACAGAAAUUUUGUCUUGCUGUCAAUAAAUUGUUUCAUUUGAAGGAGAAA